GGCGGGCAGGGGCGUGAUGUCACGGCAGGGAGGGGGCGCGGGAGCUGCCGGGAGGGCGGGAGGCGGGGGAGGUGUUUUCCAGCUUUAAAAAGGCAGGAGGCAGAGCGCGGCCCUGCGUCAGAGAGAGACUAAGAGACUCCGAACUUCCCGGCAGCGGCACCGCGCGGGUCGCAGCGGCCGGGCAGGGUACAGGGGCGCGGGCGCACCCCUCCGAGGCCCCGCCACCCGCUCGGGUCCCAAGGCCGCAAGCCGGCCUUGCCACGCGCGCACACGCCCCUCAAUGACAUUUCCCCGGGGCGUGCGGUACUGAGCCGGGCCGGGCGCGUGUCCGCCGGGCAGAGGUCCGACUUCCCGGGGACCGAGCCCGGACCGCGGCUUGGGGCGCCGGCUCCUGCGCCGCCGGCCGCUCCUCGGCCGCUCCUCCUCCUCCGCCGCCGCCGCCGCCGCCGCGUGGAUGCCAAGUACCAGUUUUCCAGUCCCUUCCAAGUUUCCACUCGGCCCUCCGGCUGCCGCCCUCGGGAGCGGAGAAACUUUGGGGCCCGCGCCGCCCGCCGGGGGCACCAUGAAGUCGGCAGAGGAAGAACACUACAGCUAUGUGUCCUCCGGCAUCAGCUCUGCCCCACCACUCCCGACAGCACACCCCUCCCUGCCAGCCCCGUGCCACAACCUGCAGACCUCCACCCCGGGCAUGUCAGCUGUCCCUGCAGCGAGUCACCCUGUUGGCUAUGGGGCAGCCGUGGACAGUGGGUCCUCGGGGUACUUCCUCUCUUCUGGCAGCAUCAGGCCCGAUGGGGCCCCAGCCUUGGAGAGCCCUCGCAUCGAGAUCACCUCGUACCUGGGUCUGCACCACAACAGCAGCCAGUUUUUCCACAACGUGGAGGUGGAGGAUGUUAUCCCCAGCUCUAAGCGGUCGCCUUCCACGGCCACUCUGAGCCUGCCCGGCCUGGAGGCCUACCGCGACCCCUCAUGCCUCAGCCCAGCCAGCAGUCUGUCCUCACGCAGCUGCAACUCUGAGGCCUCCUCCUACGAGUCCAACUACUCCUACCCCUACGCGUCCCCCCAGACCUCCCCAUGGCAGUCUCCUUGCGUGUCCCCCAAGACCACGGACCCUGAGGAGGGCUUUCCCCGCGGCCUGGGGGCCUGCACCCUGCUGGGGUCCCCAAGACACUCCCCAUCCACCUCGCCCCGUGAGAGCAUCACAGAGGAGAGCUGGCUGGGUGCCCGCGGCUCAAGGCCAGCGUCCCCCUGCAACAAGCGGAAAUACAGCCUCAAUGGCCGGCAGGCCCCCUGCUCACCCCACCACUCGCCCACGCCGUCCCCACAUGGCUCCCCACGGGUCAGUGUGACAGAGGACACGUGGCUGAGUAACACCACCCAGUACACCAGCUCCGCCAUCGUGGCAGCCAUCAACGCCCUAACUACCGACAGCAGCCUGGACCUGGGCGACGGUGUGCCGGUCAAGUCUCGCAAGACUGGCCUGGAGCACUCACCCUCAGUGGCGCUCAAGAUAGAGCCAGCUGGGGAGGACCUGGGCACCACCCCACCCAUGUCCGACUUCCCGCCCGAGGACUUCCCCGCCUUCCAGCACAUCCGGAAGGCCUCCUUCUGUGACCAGUACCUGUCGGUGCCGCAGCACCCCUACCAGUGGGCCAAGCCCAAGGCUCUGACCCCCACGUCCUAUGUGAGCCCAUCUCUGCCGGCCCUCGACUGGCAGCUGCCGUCCCAUUCGGGCCCCUACGAGCUUCGGAUCGAGGUGCAGCCCAAGUCCCACCACAGAGCCCACUACGAGACGGAGGGCAGCCGGGGGGCUGUGAAGGCAUCGGCUGGAGGACACCCAGUGGUGCAGCUGCACGGCUACUUGGAGAAUGAGCCGCUCACGCUCCAGCUGUUCAUCGGGACGGCAGACGACCGCCUGCUGCGGCCACACGCCUUCUACCAGGUCCACCGGAUCACGGGGAAGACCGUGUCCACCACCAGCCAUGAGGCCAUCCUCUCCAACACCAAGGUCCUGGAGGUCCCGCUUCUGCCGGAGAACAACAUGCGCGCCAUCAUUGACUGUGCUGGAAUUCUGAAACUCAGAAACUCCGACAUUGAACUUCGGAAAGGAGAGACAGACAUCGGGAGAAAGAACACCAGAGUGAGGCUGGUCUUCCGGGUCCACAUCCCACAGCCCAAUGGCAGGACUCUGUCUCUCCAGGUUGCCUCAAACCCAAUCGAAUGCUCCCAGCGCUCGGCCCAGGAGCUGCCCCUGGUGGAAAAGCAGAGCGUGGACAGCUACCCGGUCGUGGGCGGGAAGAAGAUGAUCCUGUCUGGCCACAACUUCCUGCAGGACUCCAAGGUCGUUUUUGUGGAGAAAGCGCCAGAUGGCCACCACGUCUGGGAGAUGGAAGCAAAAACGGAUCGAGACCUGUGUAAGCCAAAUUCUUUGGUGGUUGAGAUCCCACCAUUCCGCAAUCAGAGGGUCGCUGGCCCCGUCCAAGUCAGUUUCUACGUGUGCAACGGGAAGAGGAAGAGGAGCCAGUACCAACCGUUCACCUACCUUCCCGCCAAUGUUCCAGUUAUAAAAACAGAGCCGUCUGAUGAUUACGAACCUGUGGCAGCCUGUGGACCAGUGAGCCAGGGGUUAAGUCCUCUGCCAAGGCCCUACUAUGGCCAGCAGCUCACAGUGCCGCCUGACCCCACCUCCUGUCUCGUGGCCGGCUUCCCUCUCUGUCCACAGAGAGGCACCGUAGUGCCCACACCUCCUAGCACAAGCCCAGAGCUCCAUGACCUUUCUUCCGCCACCUACACCAAGGGCAUCACCAGCCCAGGUCACUGUCACCUCGGACUUCCGCAGCCAGCUGGAGAGGUCCCCACUGCCCAGGACGUGCCAAGACCUAUGGCCGGGCACCCAGGCUCACCCGAGCAGCCGCCCCCCACCAUGCUGCAGCCGCAGGUGAGUCCCCAUCUGGGCAGUAGCUGCCCCUUGGGUCAGCAGCACACGUUCUGCCCGGACAGCCCCUCCUCCCCACCUCCGCCCACCACCCAAGAGCCAACCUGCUUGCAGCCCUGCAGCCCAGCGCACCCGCCCGCGAUGGGCCGCCAGCAGCUCCCGCUGCCGAAGGUUCACAGGAACGAGUCUUCAACCACCGGGUCACAGUCCCUGCCAGAGGUGCGUGAGGACAGUGGUGGUAACUUGGCCCUUAUUCCUGUAAUGGUCAAGCGAGAACCUGGAGAGCUGGACCAGUUGUACCUGGAUGACGUAAAUGAAAUAAUACGGAAUGACCUCUCCAGCACAGACACCCAUUCCUAGUUUGUCAUGUUGGCACUUGCUCAGUUCCAUGGGAAAGUUGAGCUUCGGCAGAGACUUUUGGCUAAAUAAACUGGACACACACCUGGCACCCCUCAGAGCUUCCAACUUAAUGCCGGGAGCUAGAGAUUAGAACUGUAUGUACAAAGAAGCAGCUCUCUAACAGAAGGAAGGAGGGAGGAGGAAGGAAGACCCCUGCGUCUCCAGAAGGAAGUCAUCUUAAGAAAACCAGAGGGAGGCAGGCGGGCAUGAGCACAGAUGGCCAGCGGAGUGGGCACCUAUCCCAGGUGUCCUGACACGGUCUGAGCCCAGGCCGCCCUCCUGGCACCCUGGGGGCAACACUGGAGGUGCCUUACUAACCAGACCAUCAGGGCAUCGUGGGAGUGAACAUUGAAUUUGCUACCAUGGGAGUAUUUGUAGGAGCAGAAGCUAUCAAACAUUUUAAUUGUGAAGUGUACCAUUUGUAUGAAUUAAGAGAAUACUGUCAAGCUAAGGGUUGUGAGAGAAAACUGAUGAGUUUCUUAAUUUCUCAACUUUUCCUGGACUGUAACAUGCAAUCUUGCGCCUUAACCAGUGAGUGAAUUUUGGAAAUCUUCCGACCUGUCAUCUCAGCUUUUUAAUAAUAUAUUUUGUUCCUCAGACUAUAGGACUGUUAAUAGUAGCAUGCUGUGAUCUUUGUUUUUAAUCUGGCUUUGAACAUAGCACAAGUAAAUUGAAUAGCACAAGCUGGAUUACUGGACAAACAAAUCUACCUGUUACAGGAUAGGUCUUGCAUUUGCACGUGUGUACAUAUGUAGCAUGUAUUUAUGUAUAAAUAAUGAAUGACAGAGAUGGUAGUGAUCAUUCUUCUCCCUGCAAGGGCUUCCACAUUAGCAAUAACCAGUAUCCAUUCUGGAAAGUGCAUCAAAGACCCCACACCUGGCUUCCUAGAUCCCUGCUUUUGGGAAUGUUACCCUCCGACAGACAGCUGUCACAUGCCCUCGCUUGCACUCAAAGGAGCGCUUCAGAAAGCCGGGAGAGGAACGUUCAGAACAGCUGAAGCAAGACUGGGAACUGACUGUAUGUAACGCUACAUGAGGAGUGUAAUAUAUUUUUUGAAUUACAGGAUUAUUUCACAGAAGCCUUAUAGCUCUCUGCUUCAUCUAAGAAAACAAUUACCAAAAACAAUGUUUUAAUAUGCAGCAAUGUAUAGUAUGUUUUCAGGUUAGUUGCUGUUAAUAGAUAGGUUAGUUUAGGCUUUACUAUUGCAUUUUGUACAAUUAACUGCUUAUUACACACUAUGACUAGCAGUGACUUAUUGUCUCAUAUAACCAAAAAGCAUGGUUUAAUUAAGACACGUUAACCUAACCCAGUGAUCGUGCCUUAGGAAGUAAUGCCCCCUGGUGGGAUGUGCCCGAGCCACACCUGCCAGUGGAGAUUGUAAGUUUCUGAGUCCUUGGCCGCAGUGUCCUGGUGGAGAAAGCACUCAUGCAGGAAGAAUUGUCCUCAAAAUAGUCUUCUGUAUGAUUAUGUCUUACUUUUUUAACUCACAGAAAGAAACAAAACCUGAAAGCCAUAUCUGUAACAUUUGCACAUGACUGCAGAGCUGAAGGCGUGUAGUUGCGUGUACAUAAGCCCCAUUGUGUACCCUGUAUUUAGUGUUGUAGGAGGAGUUGCAUGGAACAUUUCUUAGUAGCUGUCAUAUGGAAAGGAAAUGUUGGAUAUUUGUGUCAGCUAUCUUUGUAGUUAGAAAACAGAUCCAAUAAAGUACUUUUUUG